AUGGCGUUUGCUGGGACAAAUAUCAGUUUGUCCCAGCCGGAUAUCACGCAGAAACUAACGGAGCGCAUAGACGACCUGAAGCAAAAGAUUGCCGCUUGGGGGAAGCGGAUUCGCCGAUUUACCGAGAGGUCAAGGCGGUUCAACCAGAAUCGUCUCUUCCAGAGUGAUCAGAAGAGGCUCUACAAAUCAUUGGAGCGACCAGAGGUAUGUGGAGCGGGCCCAGGACCGGAUCAGGCUAACACUGUCGCAUUUUGGCGUGGCCUGUGGUCAGAGCCCGUAAACCACAGCGAGGGCCCUUGGACGGAAGUUGUGGCGAGUCAGUGUGCGAGUAUUACGCCCAUGGACCCCGUCAUCAUAACGCCGGAUGACGUAGCUGAGGCGGUCCGUAGAGCCCCGAACUGGAAAAGUCCGGGACUCGACGGACUGCAUCACUACUGGCUGAAGGGGUUCAUGGUGUGUCACGCUGUGCUCGCCCGUCAGUUUCAAGAGGCUCUCAACCAGAAGUCGCUCCCUAGCCUCUUCACUACUGGGAUCACUCAUUUGGUUCCUAAAGACCAGUAUUCUAAGUCGAAAGUUGAUAGUGAUGACCACAAGACCGGCGUAACUGGCCAAUACUACUCCGUCGUAAACGUUACCCGAAUUCCAUUCAGAAAACUCUCCGUGAAUGAAAAUCACAGCCGGAUACUUCGCUUGUAA